CUCGCGCGCGCCCCUGCCCACUCAUCAUGCACGAAGCCGAGGUGAAAAGCCGCGCUUCGUGCGCCGCACAAUCAUGGCAUCCCGGGAGACCUCUGCGGCCUCCAUUAGGCCGUUCCGAUCCACGGCAGGCAUGGGCACAGCCGUUUUCCACAACCAUCUCCAUCCCUGCAGCAGCUCCAAUGUUUCUCCUUCCACUCUCCAGCAGGUGCAGCUCUCUCUGGUCGUCGCGUAAGCUCAAUUGAUCACGAUCGAGCUAGCGCGGAUGGCAGAUGCUACGGUCAUGUAGUAGCUUUGGUACAAUCUACUAGCUAGUAGGUCAUAUCAUCUCCAUCCUCCAGUGGUUACUAGUGCCCUCCGACGAGGAGAGGAUGAGGGUCCGCAAGGCCAUCCUCCUCCUAAUCCAUCUCGUCCUCUUCCUCGCCGCGUCGACGUCGUUGACCUCGGCGGACAAGCCUGGCAUGGGCAUGCGGCGGCAGGUCCUUCUGCGGGAGAAGGCUACUCUCCUGUCCCUGAAGCAAGGGCUCACGCUGCCUUCGGCUUCGGCGGCGGCCUUGGCGGACUGGAACGAGUCCAACGGCCACGUCUGCAGCUUCACCGGCGUCACCUGCGACUGGCGGAGGGAGCACGUCGUUGGGCUCGACCUAUCCAACAUGGACAUCUCUGGCGCCAUUCCUCCGGUCAUUGGGGAGCUCUCGCACCUCCGGAGCCUCGACGUGUCCAACAACAGCUUCUCGGGCGUGCCGGCGUCCAUCGGCAACCUCACGCGCCUCCAGAGGCUCAUCAUGAACUACAACCGCAUCUCCGACGCCAUCCCUCCCGUCAUCAGCGACCUCUCUCAGCUCCGGUACCUCGACAUCUCCCACAAUCGCAUCUCCGGUGCCAUCCCGCCGGCCCUCGGUAGCCUCUCGCAACUCCAGAGCCUCAACAUCUCCAACAACAACAUCUCCGGCGCCGUCCCUCCGUCCAUCGGCAACCUGACGCUCCUCACGGACCUCAUCAUGUACGAGAACAUAAUCUCUGGAGGUAUCCCUCUGGCCAUCUGCAACCUCACGGUGCUUUAUAACCUCGACAUGUCAAGCAACAACCUCACCGGACAGAUUCCAGCCGAGCUCUCCAACCUCCGGAAAAUUGGCGCGCUUGACCUCAGCAGUAACCAGCUCACCGGCGGCAUACCACCAUCCCUUUCGGAGCUGACGGUCAUGUACUACUUCAGCCUCCAUCAUAACAGCUUGUCUGGCCACAUCCCAGAAGCAAUCUUCCUGAACUGCACAAUAAUGGGAGUCUUCGACCUCGGCAACAAUGACCUGUCAGGCGAGAUCCCCCGCAUGGCGUCCUCGGACACCCUCGCGGAAAAGUUUGCCGUCCUCAACCUCUACUCUAACAGGCUGACCGGAACGCUUCCACGGUGGCUCGCCAACUGCUCGCGUCUGUACAUGCUGGAUGUGGAGAACAACUUGCUCGCCGACGAGCUGCCGACAAGCAUCGUCUCGGGGAAGAUAUACCUCAUGUACCUGCAUUUGUCCGGCAACCAGUUCCGGAGCCAGGACGGCAACAGGAACCUGGAGCCAUUCUUCGCCGCGCUGUCCAACUGCUCCGCGUUACAGGAGGUCGAGGCCAGCGGCGUGGGGUUGGGCGGGCGGCUGCCGAGCCGGCUCGGCUCGAUGCUCCCGCGCGACAUGUGGCACCUCAACCUGGAGCUAAACUCCAUCGAGGGCCCGAUCCCCGCGGACAUCGGCGACGUGAUCAACAUGACGCUGAUGAACCUGUCGAGCAACAUGUUGAACGGGACCAUCCCGACGUCCCUCUGCUGGCUGCCGUUCCUGCAGCAGCUCGUGCUCUCCAACAACGCCCUGACGGGCGAGAUCCCGGCGUGCAUCGGCAACGCCACGCACCUCGGCGAGCUGGACCUGUCGGGCAACGCCCUGUCGGGGAGCAUCCCGGGCAGCAUCGGGACCCUCGUCCAGCUCACCCAUCUCUUCCUGCAGAGGAACCGGCUCUCCGGGGUGAUACCGGCGAGCAUCGGCCGCCACGCCGGCCUCCAGCACCUCGACGUCUCGAGCAACCACUUCACCGGCGUGAUACCCGAUGUGGCCACCAGCAUCCUGACGCUGAACCUUUCGCGCAACCAGCUCGGGGGCAAGCUGCCGGGUGGCCUCAUCAGCAACAUGCCGCAGGUGCAGACGAUCGACCUGUCCUGGAACAACUUCACGGGCGCCAUCGUCGCCGGCCUCGCCGACUGCGUUGAGCUGACGGUGCUCGACCUGUCGCACAACUCGCUCUCGGGCUUCCUGCCGUCGUCCCUCGGCAACCUGCAGAGCCUCGAGAACCUCGACGUCUCGAACAACUCCCUGACCGGCGAGAUCCAGAGCCUGGCCAAGUGCACCAAGCUGAGAUAUCUCAAUUUGUCGUACAACGACUUCACCGGCGUCGUGCCCACAGCCGGCCCCUUCUCAAAUUUCACCAUCCUGUCCUUCCUUGGCAACCAGCGGCUGUGCGGUCCGGUGGUCAGGCGCCUGUGUGGAAGGCGCCGCUCGUGGUACCAGUCCCGGAAGUUCUUGGUCGUCUUGUGCGUCUGCUCCGCCGUGCUGGCGUUCGCGCUGACGAUCAUCUGCGCGGUCAGCGUCCGUAAGAUCCGCGAGCGGCUCGCGGCGAUGCGGGAGGACAUAUUCAUGGGACGGCGCAGCGGCGGCUCGUCACCGGUGAUGAAGUACAAGUACCCGCGGAUCACGUACCGGGAGCUCGUCGAGGCGACGGAGGAGUUCAGCGCGGACCGGCUCGUCGGGACGGGAAGCUACGGGCGGGUGUACCGGGGCACGCUGCGCGACGGCACCAUGGUCGCCGUGAAGGUGCUGCAGCUGCAGACGGGGAACUCGACAAAGAGCUUCAACCGCGAGUGCCAGGUGCUGAAGCGCAUCCGGCACCGGAACCUGAUGCGGAUCGUCACGGCGUGCAGCCUGCCGGACUUCAAGGCGCUGGUGCUGCCAUUCAUGGCGAACGGCAGCCUGGAGCGGUGCCUCUACGCGGGGCCGCCGGCGGAGCUGAGCCUCGUGCAGCGGGUCAACAUCUGCAGCGACGUCGCCGAGGGGAUGGCGUACCUGCACCACCACUCGCCAGUCAAGGUCAUCCACUGCGACCUCAAGCCCAGCAACAUCCUCAUCAACGACGACAUGACCGCGCUCGUCUCUGACUUCGGCAUCUCCCGGCUCGUCAUGAGCAUUGGCGGGGUGGCCAAUACCGCCGACGUCGGCGCCUCCACCGCGAACAUGCUCUGCGGCUCCAUCGGAUACAUCCCUCCAGAGUACGGCUAUGGCUCGAACCCGACGACGAAGGGCGACGUGUACAGCUUCGGCGUGCUGGUGCUGGAAAUGGUGACGAGGAGGAAGCCGACCGACGACAUGUUCGAGGCCGGGCUGAGCCUGCACAAGUGGGUGAAGAUCCACUACCACGGCCGCGCCGACGCAGUGGUCGACCCGGCACUGGUGCGCAUGGUCCGGGACCAGACGCCGGAGGUGAGGAGGAUGUCGGACGUGGCCAUCAGCGAGCUGCUGGAGCUCGGCAUCCUCUGCACCCAGGAGCAACCGUCUGCGCGGCCGACCAUGAUGGACGCUGCCGACGACCUGGACCGGCUCAAGCGGUACCUCGGCGGCGACACCACGGUCACCUUCGCGUCGUCGCUGGGAUUUUCCUCGACGACAUUUGAAGACAUCGAUUGACUAGUAGGAGCAGCUAGGUACUACGAAUUUGUGAUGCAUAGCUAGCAUUCGUCCUGGAGGUAUGAUUUUAUUUUAACCAGUAAAUUAAUAUGCAAGAACAUAGGAUUAAUUCUUUGAA